CUUAAUAUCCCUUCUAAAUGCUUAUAGAAGGAGUAUAGAUAGAUUAAAGAUAGGUUAGCAUUCAAAAUUAUGGAAUUCGAAGAUGAAAUGAUGAAAUCUAAAGGAAAAGUAGAAGAAGAAAAAGAAGAAGGAAAUAAUAAUAAAAAGAGAAAGGGCAUAAUAUUGAUAUUAGUGGGUGCACCUGGAAGUGGAAAAUCAACAUUUUGUGAACAUGUUAUUCGGGUUUCUACCCGACCUUGGGUCCGGGUUUGUCAGGACAGUAUAGGCAAUGGCAAAGCUGGAACAAAAGCACAAUGUCUAGCACUUUCUGCCACCUCAUUAAAAGAUGGAAAAAGUGUGCUUAUUGAUAGAUGCAAUCUCAAUAAAGAACAACGGGCCGAUUUUAUUAAGCUAAAAGACUCUCACCAAGUAGACGUCCAUGCUGUGGUUCUUGAUCUUCCCGCAAAGCUUUGUAUAUCACGCUCUGUAAAACGAACUGGGCAUGAAGGCAAUUUACAAGGUGGAAAAGCCGCUGCUGUUGUGAAUCGAAUGCUGCAAAAGAAAGAACUUCCGAAACUGAAUGAAGGGUUUACCCGAAUAACAUUUUGUCAAAAUGAAAUUGAUGUCCAAGCUGCUAUGGAUACAUAUGGAGCACUUUCUUCUUCAGAUAGCCUUCCUUCUGGCUGUUUUGGAGAGAAAACUACAGAUACUAAAGUUCAACUUGGUAUUAUGAAGUUCUUAAAAAGAGUAGAUGCUCCAAGUAAAGUAUCAUCUGAUAAGACUAUUCCCGGGCCAUCAAUUGAAACUAUUGAUGUAAAACCUUCUGUUAAUGAAGGUCAAGAGCCAAGUGAAACACAUUCUUUAGAUGGUAUUCCAACUUUAGCAUUUCCUUCCAUAUCUACUGCAGAUUUCCAAUUUGAUAUUGAAAGAGCUUCUGAUAUAAUAGUUGAGACUGUUGAAGAAUUUGUAAACAAGAUUGGGAAUGGAAGGCUUGUUUUAGUGGACUUGUCUCGUGGGUCAAAGAUAUUGUCUUUAGUGAAGGGUAAGGCUGCUAUAAAGAAUAUUGACCCAAAAAAGUUUUUCACAUUUGUGGGCGAUAUUACAAAGCUUCGGUCAGGAGGCCUUCAUUGCAAUGUGAUAGCAAAUGCUGCAAACUGGAGACUUAAACCCGGUGGUGGAGGUGUAAAUGCCGCUAUAUUUGAUGCUGCAGGUCCAGACCUUGAUAUUGCAACCAAAAAACGAGCCGGAUCUCUUGCUCCUGGAAAAGCAAUUGCAGUUCCUCUUCCUUCAACUUCUAAAUUGUUUUCUAAAGAAGGUGUAACACAUGUCAUACAUGUGCUUGGCCCAAAUAUGAAUUCUAAAAGACCAAAUUGCCUCAAGGACGACUAUAAUAUGGGUUGCAAAGUUCUUCGUGAAGCUUACUCAUCUCUAUUUGAAAAUUUUGUAUCUAUUGUGAGAACUCAAGGGAAGUUAUCUGAUCAUGAUAUUUCAAACUGUGAUCAGAAGCUCAGGAAAGAGGAUAGUGCCAACGUCGCUGAGAAAAACGGGAAAUUUAAAGGGUAUAUAGAAGAAAAUGAAUCUAAAAGGUUGUGUUUGACUAAUGGGAAGGAGAAAGCAAGUAAUAAUGCAAACACUGGUGGAAGCAUGAACAAGGAUUGGGGAUCAUGGGCUCAAGCACUUUACAACAUUGCCAUGAUUCCCGAGAAACAUAGGAAUGUUGUCAUUGAAAUUUCAGAUGAUGUUGUGGUGCUGAAUGAUGUGUACCCAAAGGCACAAAAGCACCUUUUAGUGCUUGCACGGGCUGAAGGUCUUGAUCGUCUUGCAGAUGUAGGACAGGAACACCUUUCUACAUUGAGGACAAUGCAUGCCGUGGGUUUGAAAUGGGCUGAAACAUUCAUAAAGGAAAAUGAAUCAUUAGUGUUCCGGCUUGGAUACCAUUCGGCACCCUCAAUGAGACAACUACACCUUCAUGUGAUAAGCCAGGAUUUUGAUUCAAAACAUCUCAAAAACAAGAAGCACUGGAAUUCAUUCAAUUCUCCAUUCUUUAGGGACUCGGAAGAUGUGAUACAAGAAAUCAGUGAGCAGGGUAAACCUACAUUAAAUGAUGAUGAAAAAUUAUUGUCAAUGGAGUUGAGAUGCAACCGCUGUAGAAGCGCACAUCCUAACAUUCCUCGGCUCAAAUCACAUAUCGCCAUUUGCAAAUCACCUUUUCCUACUCACUUACUGCAGAAUGGCCGGUUACUGCAUGCACCUAUGAAAGAUGAUGCUUGUUAGUGUAGUAUGGUUAUUGUUUUGCAAUGCAUGUGUGAUAGACUUGUAGCUAAUUAAGUAAAGUGUAGGUCAACUCUGAUGCCACUUUUUUUGCUGGGUUUCUUGAGUAUUUGGUGCUAAAAAGUGAAAAGGAAUUUUUUAA